ACCUAAAAUGACUCAGGUUAAUGUUAAUUGCUAAUAUUAAGUGUCAAUCCCAGUUAGUCGCUUUUAGUUUGUGUGAAUCGUUUUGUAAAUUUAUAACUCAGAAUGGAUACUAGUAGACCAUGUGGUUGUAAAGGCUGUAGGACUUGUUUGUUGUGCGAGAGCACCUAUGGAAUACAGAAAUCUAUAGACCUGAAUAAAGAUUUUGGCACAUAUGUAUAUUGUCCUUUCUGUAACAAAGCAUGGCCAGGUUGGAACAUGGAUGAUUACAAAAGUCAUCCAGAACAUAAAGGUGAACCAAUAGAAUUUCCUGGAGUCUACAUAAAUUGUGAGUUUCUAUCAAAUGAUGAAGAAAAAGUAUUGUUAGAUUGUGUAGAUAGUAUACCUUGGGAUCUUUCUCAAAGUGGUAGAAGGAAACAAAACUUUGGUCCCAAAUGUAAUUUUAAGAAGAAAAAACUUCAGUUGGGCCAAUUUAGAGGGUUCCCAUCAGGUACAAAAUUUGUACAAGAUAAAUUCAAACAUGAAGAAAUUAUCGCUGAUUUUCAUACAAUAGAACAAUGCUCACUAGAAUAUGACCCAGCCAGAGGUGCUUCUAUUGAUCCACAUGUAGAUGACUGCUGGAUUUGGGGUGAAAGGAUUGUAACUGUUAAUUUAUUGUCAGAUUCUGUAUUAACUAUGACUAAUAAUUCCAAACCUAAUUCAUACAACUUGACUGAUGUUAAUACUUAUCCAAGUAUUACAUUGAAAGAUGGAAAACCAUUUGAGUUUAAAGACACAAAUAACAAACCAGUUGUUAGAAUACCAAUGCCACAACGAUCUUUAUUAGUCUUGUAUGGUUCAGCAAGGUAUGAAUGGGAACAUUUAGUAUUAAGGGAAGAUAUUUUGUCUAGAAGAAUCUGCUUGGCUUAUAGAGAAUUUACACCACCCUACUUGAAGGAAGGAUCCAACUAUUUAAAAAGUGAAAGUAUUUUCAAACAGGCUUUGAAUUUCUUUUAAUGUGUAUAAAUUUUAUGACAAUGCUUAUAGAAAUAAACUAAAAUUAAGCUUGUAA